AUGUGUGACAUUGGUUCUCCGUCUGAGAGAGAUUUCAAUCAAUCUUUGUAUGCGAUACCUAUAGAAACCCUACCGUCCGAACCCGUGAAAUAUGGCAUUUUGACUCGCACCACGUUGGUCAAAGGAUUGAAAAAAUUGGAAUAUAGGUACAGGCCAACAUUGGAUUUCAAUUUCUCUGAUCUCGUGUUGGACGAUCAGGGUCUGGAAGACGUAAGCAUUAUACAAGAGUAUAUGUUCUUGAAAAGGUUAUUUCUGUCAAGGAACUUCAUCGAUGAUCUGUCGUCGUUGAACGGUCUCGAAGAACUGGAAUACUUGGACGUUUCUCAUAAUCUUUUGACGAAGGUUUUGGACUUCAAACCGCUCGUGACUUUGUCGUACGCCGAUUACUCCUUCAACAAUGUAACACAGAUGACCGACCUAAAGGAAUUUUGGCAAUUGAUUCACUUGGACCUGUCGCACAACGCCAUCGAAACCGUUGCGGGAAUUUCCGAAUUACAGUUCUUGAAGUUUUUAGAUUUGUCUAAUAAUCGUAUUAAACGGAUAGUUGACGGUGACCUGCCCUUAUGCCUGGUCGAAAUAAGAUUAGCGAACAACUCUUUGAAACACAUCCCAUCGUUCGACGACCCGUCUAACGCAUGUAAAGUGUUCGACGUAUCGCAAAACAAAUUAAAAUCGUUAAUCUAUUUCAAAAACGCAAAGCGAUUGACCGAACUGUAUGUGCACAACAAUAGAAUCGCCGAAGUGGCCGAGUUGGAGUAUUUGACGGGAAUAGAAACCCUUCGUAUCUUAAAUAUAGAAAUGAACGGAAUGGCAAAAAUGAACAUUCAUGAACGUAUACUGUCCAAGAACACUCAUUCGUCGGGAGCCGAAGCAGAGAUGAUGGUCAACGCGAAUGAAGGCACGGAAUUCAAUAGGGCGGAAACGCUUUCCGUGUUGGCUGCUAAGAAGAAUGCCGUUAGGACGACCGUUUUUGAUUGCCUAUCAGGAAUGCAUACGGGUGAGUCGAUUUGCGACAGCCGAGGAGUGUUUAUGGUCGUACUGGUUGGUCCACCGAACACCCGGAAAAAAUAUCUUCUUGACAGAGCACUCAAGACCAAUGGUGCCGACGAGCGGUUUUAUCGAGCACAAAUUUACACCACCAAAGUGGUGUCGGACGACAACUUGGUUUACAAGACGAUAACGGCGGAGGUUUUUAACAGGAUCGCCAUCAGCGGCCGGUUCUUGUACACCUUCCAAUAUUUGGGACACUCGUACGGUCUAGGCGAAGAUCAAGUGGCCAAAUGCGCCAGAGAAAAUAAAAUUUUGAUCACAUUCGCCAACCUGGAAAGUGGGUUGAUUCUCAAAAUAAGAGGCCUGAAUCCGACGCUGGUGCUGGUUUUACCAGAAAAUCUGGAAGCCUACGAAAACAAUAUACGCCAAAGUAUGUUGGCAUUAGAGGAGGGCAAUUUAUUACCAAACGCGUCCAGUGAAAUACAACCAAAGUUAACUUCUGUGACGAUGAUGAACGAGGAUUCAUCACCAUCACAAUCCUAUAGUGAACUGUACGGCUCGAUGGUUCUCAACAAAAUGACCGACAGCGUAGUCGAGCCUUCCGACGACAAGAAGUCUUCUGAGAAAACCUUGAAACUGCUGAGCUCGAAAAUUGCCAGUGAUCAAUCUGACAGUACUAUAAAUGUACCUUCGGAUGAAAAUUCUUCGUUAGAGAACAAAAGCAGUUUUGUCAAGAUCAGCUGUGACAAAACAUCCGGCCCGUUUUUCGCGUGUCCGUCGACCACCAGCGGUUCGAGUUAUCACGAGAACAGUAUCGUAUACGACGUAUCCGGAAACGUAUCCAAAGGAACAUCUCGAGAGAACGCCGACAGCGUAUUAGACGAAUACUCGGCGAUUUCGAAGGACGUGUUUGUGAUUUUGAUCAACGAGUGUGUGAACAACGUCCAUGUUUGCCACGAUUUGUACAAAAAGACCACGGACCUGUUCCACUCGAUGGCAAGUACCUCCUCGCACCCUAGAAUAAGACCGCCACAACUCAAAAUUUAUGGUUUUGAGAAAAAGCUAUUUGAAAACCCCCAAAAAAAACUCUCUUUAACCCAAAAAUUUACAUCCACGACGUUUUUGCAUUAUCAAGAGCUAUUUUUUUUUAAUAUACAAAAGUAG